GGGAGACCCGGCACUACAUUUCCCGCCUUCCCCUCGGGCGGGCCCCGUGACCCAGGGCGCCUGGCCCAGCUGAGAGCAGAGGGAGCGGUGAGUGCCGCCGCCGCCGCCGCCCGCCUGCUGGCUUCGUCCCUCCCGGCUGCCUCUUCCCUUCGGCCCCGGGGUCCCGCCGCUGCUCCUGCCGCCGCCCCCACCUGGGCAGCCCCGCGGCCCCUUCCUCCCGCGCGCGCCCCCGGCCAGGCCGAAGGAGGGCUGCUGAUCCGAGCGGGAGGCAGCGGCGCUCCCGAAGGCCGGCUGCCGGAGACCGAGGGGGCGGGAGGGGCUCGGGUUUCCCCUAAUGGGCGCCCGGUUGGCCACUGUGAGAAGGGGGCGCGCCGGGCCCCCCCCCCUUUGGCCUGAUCCAGCGAGACUCUUCUCGGGUUCAAGGGGAGGAAAGGGGCACGUGCCAAAAUUCAUCCUCUCAAACCACUUGGUUUUCAAUGGCUUUUAUCGCGCGUCGGCGGGGGGGGGGGGCGUGUGUUGGGGAUAUGGACAUAUUGCCGGGGUGCAACCAGAGAGCAAUGAUAAGGAGCGGAGCGGAGCAGCGGUUGACUCUCCUGCUUCUUCCCGAGGCCUCUUGCUGAUCUUUGUCUUUCUUGGGCUCUGGGAGGAAGCUGAGCUUCAGUAGUUUGCCCCUCAGCUGACAGAGGAGAGGCAGGGUGGGGGGCAGUGCCCUGGAGGGAGCGUGGAAGCUGCCGUGGUGACAAGCUCUCCUGCAGCAUCAGUACUGCUAGGUUUACUAUGUUGCUGCCUAAUGGCAGCCCCACACACCUUCUGUGUGUCUUACAGCAUGGCUACAGUUGUGAAGUUAAAGUUUACUCUGUGUUGUCCCAUGUGUUCCAAAAACAGGUAAUCCCUUCAGUUGCUGUGCCUCAAACCAAGUCCUGUAUAUUGCAGAACCCCAGAAGAGCCCGGCUGGUUCAGGGCAGUGGCCCGUCUGAUCCGGCAUCCUCUUCUCAAAGUGGGAAGCCUGCACAACCAGAGUGCGGCAGUAUUCUCCCCACACGCACCUGGCAUUUAGAGGCACAUUGUCUCCAGCAGUGGUGGCAGAAUAGCAGCAGUUGUGGCUGGUGGCCAUUGAUAGGCUUCUCCUCCUCCAAAAGGGGAAAAGCAGAAUGAGGGCAUCUGUACUGUAAUCCAGCAUUACAAGUUGUUCACAGGCAUUGCCCGCUCUGGCCUGUACAUCCUCCUGAUGCCUUCAGGCACCCAUUGUAGUGACCUCCACAUGUGGGACUCCCAGCUCCAGCCAGUAUGGCCAGUGGUCAGGGACAAUGGGGGUUGUAACUCAGCAAUACGUGGUGUUACCCCUGCUUCAGAAAACCAGAGCCACUGGAAUAGGGGGAUCCUGCCACAAACCAUAGCCUUGGUUGCUAGUAUUCUGAUGUGGUAUUUGUGUUAUUCACAUCGCCUUAGAAUUUGACUCCCUCCAUCCACCCCACACUCAGCUGGUGAUAGCCUGUCUUCAUCCUCCUCGCUUCAGCUCCCUUCAUGGAAUUGGAGCCUUCCCAGCCUGGCCUUAAUUACCUUUACAGUUCACACUUGGAGUAUUGGUCAGACUUGAUAAAGAGGGUGAUGGCAUCUACGUUGGUCUAGAAAUAAAAAUAUGACUAGAAGGAGGCAAGAGAGAGGCUUUUGAAAUCAUGAAUGGUGUAGCAAGAAAGGUGUUUCUUCUCCCAGGUUCGUCUUCUCUCAGAACACUAGAACUUGAGAGAGGCAUAUGAGACAUGAUAGCAAAAAGGAACUUUCUGCUUCAGAGGCAGGACACCUUUGAAUAGCAGGUACUAGUGAGGAACAAUGAGGAGUGCCUGUUGCUUUGCUCUUUUCCUUUCUAAAAGUUAUUGGAAAUGCAUAAAAUGACUACAUACAAAUGCAAUAAAACAGAGAAUACAGUACAAAGCAACACAUAAUGUAACAAUAGCAGUUCCAAAGCAGCUCAAAAAACCAGCCACAAUGUGUUGAUUAAAACCUGAGGAAAUAAAAUAGGUUUUUAACUACCUGCGUAUAUUAUAUGAAGCUGGUGCCAGGCAAAUGUUUUUCUAGGUAAAGGUAAAGGGACCCCUGACCAUUAGGUCCAGUCAUGACCAACUCUGGUGUUGCGGCGCUCAUCUUGCUUUAUUGGCUGAGGGAGCCGGCAUACAGCUUCCGGGUCAUGUGGCCAGCAGGACUAAGCUGCUUCUGGCGAACCAGAGCAGCACACGGAAACGCCGUUUACCUUCCCGCCAGAGUGGUAGCUAUUUAUCUACUUGCACUUUGACAUGCUUUCAAACGGCUAGGUGGGCAGGAGCUGGGACCGAGCAAUGGGAGCUCACCCUGUCACGGGGAUUUGAACUGCCGACCUUCUGAUCAGCAAGUCCUAGGCUCUGUAGUUUAACCCACAGUGCCACCCGUGUCCCUACCAUGUUAUUUUACAUGGUCUUAAAACAUUGGCAGGCCAUAUAGGUUCUCUACAACAGUUUUGUGAGGCUGGUGGGAGAGCUUUACUUUCUUUUUCCUUUACGUAUAAAAAAAAGGAUACCAGGUUUCAGCAAAGGUAUUUUCCUUUAUAACCCCAUUUGCAAAUCUUCUAAGCCCAGUUAGUUGUCCUGAACUAGCUGUAUCCCAAAUCAUUGAACCACAUCUCAAGGGGUAGCUGUUGCCUUCCUGGUUGGCUGGUGAGUUUCCCAGAAAAAAUUGUCUGUCACCCUUGGGGGAAAAUUGCACUCUGUGGCCCCUGGGCUAGGAAUGUCCUUUGGACUCUUCAUAUGGAGAGCUGCGCUUUGUUCUGGUCUUCACCUCUAUUAUAGACUUGGUUGCCUGUGGCAAGAAUUGCCUCCAGGCAAUAGAACAAUGAAAUCUUUUAAAGCAGAAAAUCUUUCAAUUGUGCCUACCCCCUUUCACACUAUUGUAAACCACUUAGAGGUUAUUGUAGUUAAGCAGCAUGCAAAUUGUUUAAAUAAGUAAGUAAAACGUGGGCAGGCAGGUAUGUAUGCGAUAUAUUUGUAGGCAACUUACAGUUUGAGAGAUUAUUCACAAGAUUGGCCUAACCGGCAAACAGGAGUAAAGUUGCAGAAAGAGGGGGUUAAUAUUCCAACCUGUUAUAGAGGAAAAAGGUGAAGAUGAAUUUGUCCCAAUGUCGUCAUGGAACUUGCUGCUUGUAGGUACCCCAGCUUAAGCUCUGCUGCUAUAAGCAUCCAGUUUAUUGGUUGUUGUAAUGCUUCUUCUUUUGCACAGCGUUUCCUGUAUCCAUAGAUGUAUUGGCAUCAUGGAAGAGGUGGACAAGAUCCUCAUACAUUCCCUUCGCUUCUCUGGGACGUAAGGCCAUCUUUAUGCUGCCUGUACUUCUUCAUAGUAGUGGGUGGGUGUGGUGAGAAGUCAGGUACUCUGGUGCGUGGUGUCCAUAGGCAAUCAUGGGUUUGGUGGACAAAGACAGAAAAGGGUUUGGAAGCAUGCCUUCAUGCAGGAUUUGACGUAGGGGUGUAGGGUGGCUGGCUGCUGUCUCCUAUGGGAUUUCACAGGCCUGGAGCCUAAAAAGCUGAAGUCAGUUUCUAGAAAUUCAGAAUACUUUUCCUGCUGUGAACUCUAAUAAAGCAAAGGCUGUGGUCCAGGGAAUGGGGUUUCACAGGAGAGCUAAUAGACCCAGAAGCUCAUGCCAGGGCUUUCUCUUAGGCCAGGCAAGAAAUUAAUUGGGGUUAAAAACUUACGGCUUUUGCUGUGUUCCAUUGGCUCUUUGUUUUUGCUUGGGGAAUCAUGCUUUCUUGCCGAUGCUUUGGCUCCAGCUGGGUGUUUCAUGGCUUCUCAGAGCUUCGUGGGAGCAAGCAAUUGGCAGUUGCCUAGUGACCAAGGUUGGAUUAAUCAAUGGUAUUGCAGAAGCUCAUAGAUGGCUCUGUGACUCCCUUUGAACAGCAGUAAUAAUGUCCAUGUGUAUUAUUGUUUAUUUAAUUUGUUCACCACUCUUCAUCCACAGAUCCCCGGGUAGUUCACAGCAUAACAUUACAAUAGAAAAACCACAUACUACAUAUUGGAAUUAGAACAAGAACAAACCAAUAACCCCCCCCCCCCCACAACACAUUUAAAAGGGCAUUUAAAAGGCCUGGUUGAUGAGGAACGUUUUCUCCUGGAGGCUAAAGGUAUAUAAUGAAGGCGCAGCCAAACCUCCCUAGGGAGAGCAUUCCACAAAUGGGGAGCCACUGCAGAGGAGGCCCGUUCUCAUGUUGCCACCCUCCAGACGUCUGAUGGAGGAGGCACACAAAGAAGGGCCUCAGAAGAUGAUGUAAGGGACCAGGUAGGUUCAUAUGUAGAGAGGCAGUCCUUAAAGGAUUGCUCACUGGGGCAAGACAGUUUGAGCUUAUUGCAGCAAUUGUUGCCCAACUGCACUGGCUGCCAGGGAGUUUCUGAGCCCAACAUCUACAUGAAACUGCUGAGUGGGGUCAUCUAGGAGGCUUAUUCCCCGUGUGCGCGCACAUAGGACUAUAGCCUUAGCCACCACUGCUACACCAACUCUUCUCUGAAGAGGCUCUUGGCAGUACAGGUAGUCAGUUGCCUUCUUGCAGUUCAGGGCCCUGGGAAAUUAUUAUUAAUAUUAUUAAUAUUAUUACAUUUUGUUGUUUUAUCUUGCCCAAAGUGACUUACAACCAAUGAAACAAACAAACACCCCAGUUUAGAUACAUUCAAACCAAGCAGACUGUAUCCCAUGUCCCCACAAGCUGCUUAUUGGACAAGUGGUACAAUGGCAGCAGAGUCUUAGCAGCAGAGGACAAAUUGCAAAAAAGUAUGGCAGUUGGCAAGCCAUUCCCAUGUUCUUCCAUCCUACUGAAUGGAGUGGAAGAUGUAGGCUCUUCUGUUGCAGUAAAGGAAAAUGGUCAGUGCAGGGGACUAUAAUCCCUGCAUCCUUCUCCCCUUCCAGGGAUAUCCCAGAGGAAGUGCAGAGCAUCCGGGAGUUUACCACCGAGUUGAUAGUUGAAUCUGUGGUGCGAUGUCUUCGUGUCAUCAAUCCUUCUGUGGGGUCAAGUCUCUGCCACGUCCUGCCUCCAGGGAUGUCUGCUCGCUUCCGAAUUGGCAUGAGCCUAGCGCAAGCUUGCCAGGUAACUACAACUGAACCAGGGUGUGGAUGCAUUGAACAAAGCAGGCUCUUCAUCUCUGAAAGUUUGUGCAGUGGUAGAUAGUCUCUCAUUAAGUGCCAUGAGUUCUGGGCUUGAAGGUGUUGUGAGAAAUCUGGUGUAGUAUAGAAUUUUGUUUGCUGGAAAAGCAAGCUUCUAGGUCUCAGGGUGGAAAGCCAUGGGCCACUUUUGUUAAAGGAUCCAGAAGUGGCUGGUCCGUGACCUCCUGUUGUGUUUUCCUGCCCUAUCCAAAAAAAAUUCUGGCACUCAAGCAAGAAACCUAGAUUGUGUUCACAGCAGACAGUUGUGCAGUUGACAAAAGGUUUUUGUUUUGUUUUUUAGCAACAUUAAAUUAUCUUCUCCUCACAUAAAUAUGGCCCAUGCCACUAUGGUGCCUCUAUCCACCUCAGAGAAGUUAUUGGAGAAAUGCUAGCAAGACUGUGUACUUGAAUAAUAACCCAAAUUCUGUGACAAGAAAAGCAGAGAUGUUUUACUAAAUUUGCAUAAUUAUUACAUUUUCAAGUUGCCUUUUCUAACUAUUUUGUUUAAUUUAUUCUGCCUUUGCUCAUCUUUGUGGCCAGGAGCUAAACAAGGCUCAGAAGCUCAAUCCCCUCUGGCUUUAGAAAUUUCUGAUGGCCUUGAACAUUCACAUUUUUAAUAGCCAUAAGGGCUAGAAACUUGCAACAACAACAGCAAAAUGCAGAGAAUCCAAGGGCAGAACUAAACAUGACAAGUAGUAGACACUGUUCUUUUCAUAUUUCUCAUGAUCCUGCCAUUUCUCUCUGUUGCCAGCUCACUUCUGGUAUCUGUGCUGGAAACAGGGAGAAGUAGCUGGAGCAAAUGACUAUAGGGAAGUGAGGCAUGGGAAGGGUUUUCAGCUCUCCUUUUACUAUUAAAUAAAAAUGCAUUUCUGUUAUGUGAACGAGUAAGCGAAUAAUGGCUGGUCUGCAUUGUUGCUUAAGGACAUGCAGAGUAUCCCCCUGUCUCCCUCCUGCUUUCUGUAGAGAAAGUCUGUAAUAUCCUCACUAUGACUUCUCUGAGUGGGGUUUUCCUUUUGAGGGUGGAGCAAGGUGGGAUAUUAUUGGGCACCUCCAUUCCCAUCCCAGACAUGGAAAAUGUGGGCUUGUCUUGCAGGGUUGCUGUAGGGGUUAAAACAAAAAUUGUGUUUGAAUACUUCAAAGCACCACAUAAAUGCUAAGUUAGGAAGCCACUUGAGCAUACUUCAGGCCAAUUACCGUAGUUUGCUUCACAGUAUCAAAUGGUGGUGCUUAUGCCAAACCUCCUUGCACAUAGAUAACUAGCAUGCCAGGGAGAAGGGUCAACUUGGCUUUCUCCCAGAGGUGUUGUUUCAUUUGUAUGUGUAAAAUAAACUUCCAGACAGACAGUGCUCACCCAUCCCUUGCAAACCAUGUUACCGUUAUGGCUGUUGCUCUGAGGUCAUAGGAUAUGUUGCAAGGGGAGGCGAGGAGAGGGCAUUGGGUGUUGGGAAAGAGUAGAGGAAGGGAAAGUCAGCUGGCACUGAGGGAGGAGGAGGGAGAAGCUGAGGGGAGCAUAGCUGUCAACUUUCAGAUUUGAAAAUAAGGGAUCAGCAGCCUCACCUGUCCUGGGAUAUCUAACAAUCCGGGAUAGCAGUGGGAAGCAGCAGGAAACAGCACUGAAAUAAGGGAAUUUCCCGCAAAAAAAAGGGAAGGUUGAUAUCUAUGGAGGGGGUGGGGAGCAGAGAAGGAAGCAGAGGAAGAGUUGGCAAUUUCUGUGCCAAAACCGGGCCUAAACCCCAGCUGAAAUGGAUCCAGAAAAUCAGUUUCUUCCAAAAGCACCUGGAUCUGGUCUCACUUCAGAACCUUGCCCAGGAAAGGAAGACUAGCAACUGGCCAGUAGUUAGUUAGGUUUUCCGAAUCCAGGGAAGGUUUCUUAAGGAGCGGUUUUACCACUGCCUCCUUCAAACAGGCAGGGACCACCCCCUCUUGUAAAGAGGCAUUGAUCACCUCCCUGGCCCAGCCAGCUGUUCCCUCCCUACUGGUUUUUAUCAGCCAGGAGGGGCAAGGGUCCAGAGCGCAAGUGGUCGCCCUGACUGAUCUGAGCACUUAUUUCACAAAUAGGGCACCAUGACGCUUUCUCCUUUGCCCAUUGCUACCCACCAAAGUUCAGAUAGUGGGGAGAGACUUAGCAAGGUCUCAGGCUGACUGCAGAGUUCUGGCAGGCUUUUGUGGAACCUGAGGGCCCCCCCCCCCCCCCAGCCAUGCAGAGCUUUGUCAGUCAGCUAGCAAGUCGUGAGAGACAACAGACAGGAUGGCCACAUGGACAACAGGUGUUUGAGUUUUGUGUGUGUCUGCUUUUUCUUUUCUUAAUAGUUCUCAUUGAAAAUUGGUUAUGUUAACUGCUAGAAAUAUUUCUAAUAUCCAUGGGACUCAGCGAGCAAUUGCCAAGUUGUCUUUCAUCAUUCAUUGUUGAGAAGCAGUUGCAUGGCAUUACAGUUCACAAAUAGCUUGAUUUCGCAGGACUGGCCUUCCAUGGUCCUAUCCUGGCAGCCUCUUGAGAGUUCUCAUGUGAGCGCAAGCACCUUGGACUGUUGCACCAGGGAAGCAGGGCUCCUGGUCCUUUGAGCCAGCUUGGAACACCUUUAUUUUAGAUGCUCCAUCUCUCUUCAAACCAGGCACCAAAGAGCCUCUCUCCUCACCUUUACCCAGCAGGCCACUCCCACUCAGCCCCACUGUGGGACUGACAUGUUACCUUCCAUCAUUUAGGACCUGGGAUAUCAAGGGGAAGUUGGCUAUCAGACCUUCUUGUACAGCAAUGAGCCCGAAAUCCGACGUCUCCUGCUCUUCCUGGUAGAGAAGCUCCCACGCGAUUCCUCGGAGGAUGCCAACCAGCCUGUGGGUAUGGAGGAAACUGGGCAAACACAGGUCCCGGGCACAGGGAGGCCAAGUGGUGGCAACUUCUCUAACCUGCUGUGUCCUUGCAGGGAAAUCAACGACACUUCACAGAGCCAUUGCUGCUGCCAUCAAAGAGCAACUGGCGGUCCCCUGGGUGCCCCCUGCCUGCCGUACCCCCCGCUUGCAGCUCUUACAGGUGUGCUUCCUCACCCCUCUUAUUAGGUUAAUGGCCCCACUCCUCGGGUUCAUGGCUUCAUAAGCAAGAUCUGUUGCUGAAGUUUUAUUUCUAAGACUCUUGACUUCCUUAAAAAUGAAAGCCUUUCCAGUCCUCAUGUUGUGGAGAAAUGCAGAAAACCUUUGCAAAAGGUCAUUGUGGAUUUUGGGUUCAUAUGACUAUCUAGGGUCUGGUCUGAACUGUUGGGGCUUUUUUUCCUUGCCGAUAGAUUUUUUCAUAAUCUGCAGAAACCCAAAUACUGACUUCUAAGGGACGCGGAUGGCGCUGUGGUCUAAACCACUGAGCCUAGGGCUUGCUGAUCAGAAGGUUGGUGGUUCGAAUCCAUACAACGGGGAGAGCUCCCAUUGUUUGGUCCCUGCUGCUGCCCACCUAGCAGUUCAAAAGCACAUCAAGUGCAAGUAGAUAAAUAGGUACCGCUCUGGCGGGAAGGUAAACGGUGUUUCUGUGCGCUGCUCUGGUUCGCCAGAAGCGGCUUAGUCAUGCUGGCCACAUGACCCAGAAGCUGUCUGCGGACAAAUGCUGGCUCCCUUGGCCUAUAGAGCGAGAUGAGCACCGCAACCCCAGAUUGUCCGCAACUGGACCUAACGGUCAGGGGUACCUUUACCUUUGCCUUUAAACAAACCAUGCAGAAAUAUGUAAAUCAAUCAAAUUUCUAUGCAUCCAUUGGUAUAUCUUAAACAAGAUAUUGCUGUAUUUUUCUUAUUGAGUAUGUAAACUCCUUGAGCAAGUAAUUCAUUUUAUAACCCCACUCCUGUUUUAUAUUUCCACCUGUUUUAUAUUUCUCUUUCCAGAACCUGUAAGCCCCAAACCUAUUUCCUUUUACAGUGUUCCUUAUCUUUCAGUGGGCUGAAUGCUGUUUCAGACUCUCUCCCCUCCCCCCUUAUCCUUGCUAGGGUUCUUGCCUGCUGAAGCGAUUCCAAGCUCAACACUUGGUCCUGCCUCGAGAGUCGGACCCCUUUUGGGGGAAGGUGCCCCCAGGUGAGUUUUGCCCUGUAGCUGGGUGGGGGUGGGGGAAUAAGUAAAAUGGAGGGCAUGGAAUGGCAGGUUUUUCCUGUUCUCCAUUUGUUUAUUUCCCUCCCACUCAUGUAAGGUUGCAAUCAUGUAUGCAAAGCCAGCAUAAAUUUGGGGCCCACUUAGUUCCUGCAUGGAACCCCUCUUGAUAUGUCUAGACUUGUACGGCAUUGUUUUCUUGCAACAAAUCUCUGCCCUUCCCCUCAGAUCCCCUUUGAAUAGAAAAGAAGAGGGUUUUCCAGAGUGCUGAGAGUCCCCCCAAGUUAGGGGAGGCCCUUUUUUUAGCCUCUCAGGGGGAGAUCCUAGAGUAGCUACCCAAAGGGCUCCUCUUGCAUCCUGCCGUUCAUGGCUGGGUAGAUGGUGCCACCAGCAGUAUGUCCUUGGUGGAUCUUUGGCAAUUGCAUUCUGGGAGCAUGUGCGUACGUGGGAUUGUGAAUAAUAAUGAUGAUGAUGAUUUUAUUAUUUAUACCCCACCCAUCUGGCUGGGUUUCUCCAGCCACUUUUGAAAGAAAUGCCAUGCCAAUUUCCAGUAUUUGUUCUUGCAAUCAGCUUCCCCACCCAUGGGUGUCUGGCCAACUGAAAAUCAGAGCCAAAAAAACAUUUACUUGUUUUUCUUCUACUUCUUCAUCGUAUUUAUUUUAUUUUGCAACACAAACACACAUAACACUAAAGAAAAGGAAAAAGGAAACUUAAAAAGGAAAUACAAAAACCAGUACGAACCAAAUAAUGAACAUAUAACCAUAUUUGAGUUCUUCUUUUCUUCUAGUUGACUUCCUUCAUCCUCAGCACGGUUCUACUUUCAUAUUUAGUAAACUGUUUCCUUCUCACUUCAUCCCCCCCCCCUUUUUUUUCUAUUUUAAGCUUUCACACCAUAAUUAGUUUUGUAAAAGUUAAUCAAAACAAGUCCAGGUAUUAAUCUGUAUUUUCCCUUCUUUUUGUAAUUUUUGUUUAGACUGACCCCUAUUUGCAUCUGUCAUUCUAGCCAACUUAAUGUAAUAAUAGAGAAUAAUAGAGAAAUUAAUAGAAGAAGGAAAAACAAUAGAAGAACCCAAAGAAAUUUGCGAAAAAUUUGCAAACUAUUAUAGGAAACUAUAUCAAGAAGAGAUGGAAAAAUACUUAGCACAGAACAGACUUCCAAUGAUAGCUUGUGGAAAAAUUAAGCAAUUAAACUUACCAAUAACGAUGAUGGAGGUGCAACAAUCAAUUUCAAAAGCAAAGACAGGAAAAUCUCCAGGUAUGGACGGCCUGUUGGCAGCAUACUAUAAGAAAUUAGAAGAUACACAGUCAGAACCAAUGAAAACAGUCAUGAAUGAAAAGAAGGAAGAAUACCAAAAUCAUGGGAAGAAGCGUACAAAAAAAUAUAUAGAAAGGACCCUCAAAUUUGGAAAAGUGGCAGGAUUUAAAUUAAAUAAAAAUAAAAAUAGCAACUUAUUUAAGGAUAAUUAUAUAAAUAUCUGGAAAGAAAUUAAAAGGGAUCUAAAGAUUUGGAACAAGCUAAAAUUAUCAUUCUGUGUAGGAAAUCAGUAGUGAAAAUGAAUGUGCUUCCUAAAAUGAUGUUUUUAUUUCAAAUGAUACCAAUUAUUGGAGAAGUAGGAUGUUUUUAUUGGAGAGGUAGGAUGGCAAGAGAUUUAUCAAGAUUUAUUUGGCAGUAUAAAAAACCAAGAAUUAAACAAAAAUUAUUAAUAGAUAAUAAAAAUAGAGGCGGAUUGGCACUACUUGAUCUAAAUUUGUAUUAUGUUUUGGCCUGUCUAAACUGGUUAAAAGAAUGGAUGAUAUUACACAAUGUAGACUUAUUGGACUUAGAAGGGUUCGACAGCCGUUAUGGGUGGCAUGCCUACCUAGGACAUGAAAAGGUGAAAGUCCACAGAGGAUUUCUUAAUCCUAUUAUAAGAAAGUUGAUAUAUAGAGUAUGGGGAAAGUAUAAAGAGUUAUUAGAGCCCAAAACGCCCUAGUGGCUCUCACCCUUAGAGGUGAUGGCAGUGAAAAGGAAAAAUAAGGAAUCGAACUGGGCCACGUAUAAGGAUUAAUUUGAAGAAAAAGAUAACAAAUUGAAAUUGAAAAAUUAUGAGGAAAUAAAGCAUUGCCUGACAGGGUGGAUUCAGUACCACCAACUAAAUACAGUGGUACCUCGGGUUACAUAUGCUUCAGGUUACAUACGCUUCAGGUUACAGACUCCGCUAACCCAGAAAUAGUGCUUCAGGUUAAGAACUUUGCUUUAGGAUGAGAACAGAAAUCGUGCCCCGGCGGCACGGCAGCAGCAGCAGGCCCCAUUAGCUAAAGUGGUGCUUCAGGUUAAGAACAGUUUCAGGUUAAGAACGGACCUCCGGAAUGAAUUAAGUACUUAACCCGGGGUACCACUGUAAGGUGUUCAAAGCAGAUUUAAAAAAAGGUUUUGCAAGUGAAAUUUCAAUAUUAGAUAAAGAAUUAUUACAAAAUAAGACAAAGGCAAUUUCUAAAAUGUACGGAAUCUUAUUGGAAUGGGAUGGAUGAAUAAGUAAAACAGGUAAUGAUCAAACGGGCUGCAGAUAUAGGUAAACUGAUUCAGUUAUCAUCAUGGGAAAAAUUAUGGAAGGAGAGUUGGAGAUUCACAGCUUGCGAGGUGAUAAAGGAAAACUUGUUAAAGAUGUUUUACAGAUGGUAUUUAACACCAAGCAAAAUAUACAAAAUGUAUAAAACAAAAUCAAAAAAGUGUUGGAGGUGCAACCAAGUAGAGGGGACGCUACUACAUAUGUGGUCAUGUGACAAAAUUAAGGGCUUCUUAUUGGGUAUACUAGAUUCAGCUAUCACUAGGGAAAACAAGAAAAUAUUCCGUUACACAACAGUGGCAGUGAGAACCCUAAUUGCAAAAAAAUUGGAAAAAUGAGACGGCACCAACAAAAAAAGAAUGGCAAGAAAAAUUAUUUGAUUACAUUGAGUUGGCUAGAAUGAAAGAUGCAAUUAGGGGUCUGUCUAAACCAAAAAACAUUUUAUCCCUAGAAUCCUGAGAGUAUGUCCUGCUGAGUCCAGUGGUCCUUAGUCCCAAGUUAGUGCACAUAGGAUUACAGUGUAAAGGACUGUGAACGCCCUAUAAACCUCUGGGGACCCUUGAAAAACCCUUUAAAAAACCAGCAGCACUUACCAGACUGGCAUGAAUGGUGGCAGUGGUGGCUCUCAGUCUUCGACGACACUGAAGGAUUAUGUGGAAACAGCAAGGCAGGUAGAUCAGUCCCCCAAAGUGCUUGGCUGUGGGGCAGAUUUACUUGCUGCUGGUGGUAUUUUGCUCUUUUCAGGCUGUUUUUGCCCUUUUUGCAGUUUAAAUUGAUUUUUUAAAUUAUUUCCCAGCACCACAUGUAUAUGUGGUCAUGCGUGAGUUGAAUGCAUGUAGGUGGGGAAACACCUGUAAAUUCCUUUCUCUAUAAACACGUAAUUUUUGGUCCAAUUCGCCAUUUCUGAAUGAGGAACUUGGAGCCGGCUGCUGAGUGCAGGACUUGCAGGCCUCCUCCUGGGUUAAGAAAGGGGAAGAAAGUUGCUCUCCCAACAUUUGGCUCAACUUGAUUGACCCCAAAGCAGGGGCUGGGGCUAACCAGUGUGUGUCAGUGUAACUGGCCUCAUUCUCUUCUCCCUAGAAAGGAAAGAGUUCUUUGUCAAGUUCCUGCCCCCCGUGUCAGCCCAGCUGUCCCGACCUGCAUCCUUGAUGCCAUCCCUGUUGGAGCUUAAUAUGGCUGAGCUGAGCACAGCCCAAGACUGGGAGAACGAGUGGAAGAGCCAAGGCCUUGGAUCACGCAUGACUCCGGAGGUGGGCACAGUGGGUGGCACUCGGCCUCUUUAUCCUGACUCGGGGGCUGGUGGCAGCAGCAUGGCGAUGAUAGUUUGCAUUGGCUGCCCUCUGAGGAAGGGUAGUGCCCUGUGUUGUACAGGGUGUGGGUGAGGCCAGAAAAAUUGUGACUUGCCUAAGACCACCUUAGUGAUUCAUGGAAGAAAUACAUCUGAACCAGGAACUGCAGGUGUGCAGCUCAUUCUCUUUGCUAUUACAUGGUAGUCGUUGUAGCACUCUAAAGUCACACCAGAAGUGGGCUCCUCUGUCUGAGUUUCCUUUCUUCCAUUAUGUAUGGGUUGUCUUUUGUUCCCUCCCUGCCACCCACAUCUCUUGAGAGGAGAGGAGAAACUGUGUCUAGAGAAGUCAAGGUACCUUCCCUUUAGAUCAGGCAUGGCCUUCCAGGUGUGUCUGGACAGCAGCUCCCAUCAUCCCUGAUCAUUGGCCAUGUUGGCUAGGGUUGAUGGGAGUUAGAGUCCUGCUCUGGUAGGCAGGGGCAAGCAAAUAGGAGAACUACGACACAUAAGCACACACACUCCAAUUCAGUCCAGUCCUGCUGCUCUGCACUUUUGGGACUUGGGAGGAGCUAUGCUCCCUCUUUACCCUUUAGCUAUUGAUGGAAUAUUUUUCACCUUCCUGCUUACCCUGCUUGCCUCUUGAGCACACCUCAAAGGAGCUGCAAUAGCCCGACCCAACACUCAUCUCCACUCAGCAGAACAUGCCCACAGUGAGGCGCUGAAGAGAGUGGUUUGUGGAAUGAUCUGAAGGCCACAGGGAUGGGUGGAGCCCUGGUUUUCUAUAUGGCAAGAAGGAGAUGCUACUUCUUGGUUGGCCUACAGCAGGUCUGGAGUUCUCCGGGGAGGUCUGUCUAGGAUACGACAUACAAAACCAGAGCCACUUUUUAGUAAGACACCAGAGCAAGAGGCUCAGGGAAACUGCUGCAAGUUUGGCAGUCCUCCUCUCACGUCAGCUCCAUUGCAAAAGGGGAUAUUCUGCAACCCAAUUUUCCAAAAUGAAUGCAAAACAUUUUAGAAAAAAUAUAUAACGGUGAGCACUUGCAGAAAGUGCGGUGGUAGAUCUACGUUAGAUAUUUUUUUCCUCUUCCUCCUUUUAGUCCAGGAAUUUCUGGUCAUUAUAGAAGAGAGAUUUCUGAGUGCUCUCCCAGCUAGGAGAAAUGGAUCUUCCCUUAGGUUGAGAGAACUUUAGAGAUCCCACCCCUGACUUCAGACAAGAAGGGAAGUAGCAAUCUUAUCUCUUCCUGCCUCCACCGCACACUCAGAUAAUUGUCCUUCCACGAGGUCCUUCACAAUGUGUGGAAUGCCUUCCUGGAUGCCUGAGUUUUCUGAGAGGACCAUCUGCAUUCCAAAGUCUGGAUCUAACUAGAGGUGUUAUGGUUUGGCCUUGGUAGAGGGGAAUAGAAUCUGCUCGCCCUGAUCCCAGCUAAGGUGGCUUGUGUUCCCAAGAUUAUUUGCUUGCCACUCCCCACCCAAUCUCCAGUCUGCACUGCCAAACCCCGCCCCUUAUUUCCCUUUGCCCUCCCCUCAGGAAUACCACCAAUGGAAGCGUCAGCGGCUGCAGCGGCGCCUCCUGGACCAGUUCCGGCAGGCAUCUCCUCGUGCUGGGCCUGCCCACCAGGGAACAGCCCAGGACCUGAUUCAGCUCCUGGGUGCUUUUGGUGCUGGCCGUGAGCAUGCUGGGGCUCUGGCCAAGGGCUCUCGCUUCACCCACAAUCAGCACUUGGCCUAUAAGCAGGUAUGAAGGGGGUUGGGGAGGGCCUAGAAUGGGGGGGAUGGGCUUAAGGCACAACAACAACGUUUUUUUGGAUAAAAGUGAUUUGAGUUAUUCAGCAGCACCAGCUGAAGAAUCUCAUUUGUUGAGGUAGGUUGGGGAGCAAGCAAGGAGGGGUGGAGCAUGCAGGGGAAGAGGUGAUGGUCUAUGAUUACUCUCUGUUUGGUCUCCCAACAGGAGGCAGAAUUGCCAGUGCAAGUGGAAACGCUGCCAGUGUCCCGGACAUCAGAACAGGUAAACCAAAGAGGGGGGGCUCUAGUGAGAGCCAGUUCUGUUUGCCUAAAGGCAAGAGCCCAGAUGGGGAAGGAGGUUGUGGCUAAAAAAUAUUGGGGCAUGCUUUAUGCCAUCUCAUUCUGCUUUUUGAAUUAAUAAAAACUGCAUGUAUGUGCACACAGGCAAGGGGGCACAUGGGAGGUGAUGGUCUCUUAGGUAUAUUGAGUCUUAAGAUGCUUUGGGGUUUUAUUACCAUCGCCUUGAAUUGUGCUGCAGAGAGAACAGGAAGUCAGUGCAGAUGUUGGGGAUCCUCAUGUCACAUAUUGUCAGCAGCUUGCAAUUGGUGGCAGGAGCUGUUGAAAUAACUUGGUGAACACAUCAAAGAAUCUUCUUUUAAAAAUAAUAGGACCCUGAUUUCCUCUUAGAAUCUUCUCUUCUCUUCUUGAAUUCUUAUAAUUCUGAUACUCUGGGAAGAGCGGCAGCUUUACAAAUCCUUUGCAAAUAAAAUGACUUGAAACAUUUGUCUGCCCCCUUUUUCCAGACAUUCAUCUUUGCAAGAAUAACUUCUUUAAGAUCUUCACACCACAGCUGAUCAUUCCUCAGCAUUUGUUUACAUCUUGUCAGCAGGGGUGCCUUUUUACCUUAAUCCAAAUUGUCCAAAUUUGGAUUUGGGGGGUGGGGGUGGGAUCUGCAACGAAAUGCAGCUGUUUACCAAGGAAGACUCAGGAUGGGUUUUUAGAGCCAGAGCCCUGCUUCUUUGACCGCUCUACGAAGAUCUUCACCUCCACCGGCCACUUGUUUUGGCCUUAACAGGCUUCCAUGGGGCCAUGCACCUCCAUUACAAGAGGACAACUUGCCUGUCGCCCCCUUUUUCCCCACGGUGGGCUCUGUGGUGGGUUGUUGUGGUUUUACAUGGAGGAAAAACCAUGUGUGUUUUGUCUCAAUGCCUUUUGUUGUGCAUGUGUGUUUUCUAAUUGUGUGUGGGUGUGUUGUGUGAAUAUCUUUUAUUCACACAUCUUCACCCAGAAUAGAGGCAAUUUUUGGAACAGGGAACUGGAUAUUCUAAAAAGCCUGUCAUAUACUUUUGAUGAAGGGUGGUUAAGGAAUUACAAGUAAUAACAAAAAGAAAUUAUACUUGUAAUAAGAGAUGGGUUGAGCUGUAUUUUUGCAUAAACGCAGGGUUUAUUAAGACAGGAUUCCAGCUCUGAUUCCUCAAGCAUCACUCCCCCCCCCUUACCUUCUCCUCACCCCCUUUCCCCCCAGGACUUACGGGAACGCCAAGCAACAGAACUGGAAGCUUUGGAAGGUGAACUGGGCCAUCUCAUGGAGCAGAUUGAGGCUCUUGAAGGCCAGAUCGCCACACUGGGGUUGACUCUCACACAGGUGAGAAGAAUCAGUUGGGGGAUGGCAGCACCACUGUCUGGCUGAGCCCCACCCACUAAAGGGCCUCUAGGACCUCCUUCUGGCUCUCAGCAGCACUUGCAGCACCUCUGGCAGAGGAAAAGCUGAAGGACUCCCAAGGCCCUGAUGGGGCAUGGUCUCCAGAAUGAGCUGCCUAAAGGUUUGUGGUUGGCAGAGUGGGAGAAAUAUAGCCCUAGCCCAUGGGGCAGAUCUCCUGAGGAAGCCCCUCUGAAGCAAGUGGGGGCUGUGCAAGGACACCACGGUGUUCUUGGGUGCCUGCCCCUCCCCCAUUUGGCCUUCACCUUGGGUCAGUCCUGAGGGGGAUCCAUUUCUUCUUCAGGUGGAAGGGGAGGUGCGGCAGCGGCAGCUGGGAGUGACAGAGCGGGACCAGGUGCUGCGAGUGAAGGGCUGUGCCGUACAGCUACUUCCCGAUGCAGAGAACAACAUGGCUAAGCUGCAGGUAAUGGGCCAGGCAAGAGGAGGGCAGAAGCCCCUCUUUCCAUUGUUGGGAGUGGAGCAGCCAGGAAUGAGGAGGCUGCAGAGGGUGGGGGUGCUUGCUGGAGUUUCCGUGGGGACCAUUGAGAAAGGUUUUAUCUGAAAAAUAAAUAUAGUAGUUUAAAUUCUGUUGCAGCAUUCGAGGAACUUCAGUAAUAGUUGCUAGGUAGAUAGAAGAAAUUAGAUUUAUUGGGAAUAAGUUUAAUUAUGAAAGAAAUGUGUAUUGGCAAUAAGUAAUAUGAAUUUGAAAUAUGGAAUAGAUGGGAAGUUCAGUCUUUAGUGUUAAGACCAAUAGAUGUUUUAUUGUUUGCCAAGAAAAUUAUGUGUCUAUGGUUAUUUUUGUAAUUUGAGUGUAAUUUGGUACAGUGGUACCUCGCAAGAUGAAUGCCUCGCAAGACAAAAAACUCGCUAGACGAAAGCGUUUUUUGUUUUUUGAGCUGCUUCGCAAGACGAUUUCCCCUAUGGGCUUGCUUCGCAAGACGGAAACAUCUUGCAAGUUUGUUUCCUUUUUCUUAACACCGUUAAUACAGUUGCGACUUGACUUCGAGGAGCAACUCAUAGAACGCGGUGUGGUAGCCUUUUUUGAGGUUUUUGAAGACUUUGGUAUUUUUGAAGCUUUUCCAAAACUUUCCCGACACCGUGCUUCGCAAGACAGAAAAAAUCGCAAGACAACAAAACUCGCGGAACAAAUUAAUUUCGUCUUGCGAGGCACCACUGUAUUUGUGUUUUUUGUGUGUGUGUUUUUUCUUGUUGUAUAAAUAAAUAUAUAUAUAAUAUAUUAAAAAAAGAGAAAGGUUUUAGAAACCUACAGGUGGUUCAGUGGCAGGAUGCUUAGUAAAGGGGAGACAACAGAUGGAUGUGGACAUGGGUGGAGGAGGCUGUAGUUGUAAGUGGAAGCAGGGAAGAGGAACACCCUGAAUCCGCCUUUGGAGGGAGCUUUUAUUAAGCACCGUUGUCCACCACCCACUUGUGCACCCGUCUUAUCAGAUGUCCUCAGUGGGAUUGGAGCAGUAGGGGAAGGAGGAAGGGACUUGGUGCAUGUGGGUGUACAGGGUCUCACCUGCUAUCUCCAAAAAUGGCAUAGAACACCACAUAGCAGAUGAGAGAGCCCAGGAAGCUUAGAAUCUCAGCUUCACUUUUGGUCUCCUGCAGGUGGUGGUGGAGAGCAGUGCACAGCGGGUCAUCCAGCUGGCCGCCCAGUGGGAGAAGCACCGGGUGCCUCUGAUCCAGGAGUUCCGGGAGCUCAAGGCCCUCCAUGACUCCAAGGAGGUGACGCAAGCGAAAGGGUGUGAGGAGUCCUUCAAGGGUUGGGAGGGAGCCUGGGCAGCUGUGACACUCUCUUGUCUGUUCCUCUUUGCAGCUGGAAUCAUCACAGCGCCUGUCAGAGAUCAGGGAGCUGCAUGAGCGGAUCCGAUCAGCCGCGGAUGAAGCGAAGCGCAAGGAUGAUCUCUACAAACAGCUGGUUAGUGACGUGUCUUAGGGUGGUGGUGUGGGGUGCAGGGCUCCUGGCAAAGCUUGGUAUGCACAAGGUGAUUUAUGGUCCAUUGCUUCUUGUGCGGUUAUUCCACAGAGAAUGAAUAAUGAGAAUCCUUUCCCCACUCCACAUUUUACUGUUUCUCUGUAAUUGGGAUAUAGUUGCUAACUUUAAAUGGGUGACAGUAUCUCAGAAAAAUGCUUACAACCACCAGUACUGCUGAGAGGACUGGCCUGUUUCAUAAGUCAGUUUGUUAACUUAUACUAGUUACAAUUCCACCUGGCCUCAUUGAACAGGUGAACCUGUGUCCAGGCUACAUCACAUUAUGGAACGCUCCCUCAUGAAAAAAACAAAACAGAAUCCUGCCCAUUGAAGACUAGCAUGCCUGAGGGAACUAGGCUGGCAUUCCCCCUUGCAUGUUAGCUUUCCUUGUGCAGGGAUUUGUUGUGCGAAUGGAGGAGCAUUUGGUCAUGGUGUAGUCCAGACAUGUUUGCCACCUCAAGUGAGUACUGGGUCUCUGCACAGUGGGAUGGGGCUCAGGGGUAGAAACUCCUUAGUCUCUUCCAGGAGCCCCUGUACCAUUUGCACAUUCGUCUGCUUGUUAUAACCCAGUCCCAUUCCUGCCUUCCACUCUGUCUCCAGCUUAUGGAGCUAGAAUCCCUUCCCAAGGAUGUCUCUCGCUCUGCCUAUACCCAGCGCAUCCUAGAAAUUGUCGGCAAUAUUCGUAAGCAGAAGGAGGAGAUCACAAAGGUAAAACAAUGGGCACCUUUCUUUCUCAAGCCUUGUCUUGCGUCACUGUGCACAGGUGAGAGCCCUGUGUGAUGAGCCCAUGGCAGAAAGCUGGUGGGGAAGACUGAACAUUUCAGGGGUCCUUACAUAUUAAAAGCAGCGAUGACAUUAUUUGCACAUACAUAAAAUUUAAUGUCAAGGAAAAAGUUGUCCUAACCUGGUUUGAAUGUGCAAAUAGUGAUGAGUAGUGAGCUUUCACGUUUUGCCUCAUAUGCAGUACUUUUCCAUGAUGGAUCCUCACACUUUUAAGCUCAGAGUCAACAAGCUGAGAUAGCUCAGUUGGUAGAGCAGAGCCUUCCAGACUUUUUCAUGUUGGUGACACACUUUUUAGACAUGCAUCAUUUCACAACACAGUAUCAGUUUUACUAGCAAGCAGGAGGUUAAACUAACCCCUCAUAAGAUUGUUUGCACAACACACCUCACACUGCAGCUGACACAGUAAUGUCACAACACACAGUUUGGAAAGCUCUGCAGGAGAACUUGAGACUCUUAAUCUCAGGGUUGUGGGUUCAAGCCCCACAUUGGGCAAAAGCGUCGUGCAUGGCAGAGGGUUGGACUAGAUGACCAUCAGCUCUACAAUUUGCUGAUUCUAUGUGAUGCAUAUAAAAUAUAGCCAUUUUUUUAAAAAAUAGCCUCCAAAAUAAAGCUUCUGUCUUUGCCACUAGGAGGGAAAAUGUUAUAUUCUAGUUGUAACUGUGAGCCACAGGAAAUGACAAAAACAUUUCCUCCUGCCCAGUUCCUACCUCAGAGGUGGGAUGAGGCUCUCUAGAGCAGGGGUCAGCAAACUUUUUCAGCAGGGGGCCAGUCCAAUGUCCCUCAGAACUUGUGGAGGGCUGGACUAUAUUUUGGGGGGCAAAUGAUGCAAGAGCACCAUGAGCCCCAGUGGCUGCUUACCUGUCUUGCGAGCAGCAGGGACUGGCGGUGGUGGCAGAGGGAUGAUGAGCAGCACGCGAAGGGCUCCGGAGAGGGGCUGCUUAAAAUGGGGGCCGCUCAAAUGCCACUGCUGCUGCUGGCACCAACAAAGCCCAGCCCCCUUCCUCCUCUAGGCAUGGCGAGGAGAAGCCAGGAGGAGGGAGGGAGGCGGUGCCGGCACCACCACCAUGUGAGGGAGAGGGAAAGCAUGUGUGCACGCUGGCGAUCCUUGCAGCGAUUCCCAGACCGUCUGCGGGCCAGAUCCAGAAGGCAAUUGGGCCUGAUCUGGCCCACGGGCCUUGGUUUGCCUACCCAUGCUCUAAAGUUACACACUGUUGUAGCCCUUAUUAGCACUUAUGAUUUUGAACCGAUUUUGUGUUUAUAACUUCCAAUGCAAAGCCUAGAGCACUUUCACCAUAGAAGUAUCAAAGGGCAGAGCGUUUGCUGUUCUGAAUCCAAAGUGAGAGCAUUUGGGUCAAAAUGAAGGGAGAGAAGAAUAACAGUGACCUCAUUGUGGGAGUUUACUAUAGAUCCCCUAGCCAAACGGAGGACAUAGAUGAUGCCUUCCUGGAACAGGUGGCCAAGCAUGCAAAAGGAAGGGAGAUAGUAGUAAUGGGGGACUUCAAUUACCCGGAUAUUUGUUGGAUGUCAAACUCAGCCAAGAGCAUAAGGUCAAACAGAUUCCUCACUGGCCUUGCAGACAACUUCAUUGUCCAGAAAGUGGGAGAAGCAACAAGAGGAACAGCCAUUUUAGAUCUGGUCCUAACCAAGGUUGAUGACCUGGUUAGUGGGGUAGAAGUGGAAGGAUCAUUAGGCGCGAGUGAUCAUGCUCUUCUGAAGUUUACUAUACAGCGGAAAGGAGCAGCCAAGCAUACUAGGACUCAAUUUCUUGACUUUAAGAAAGCCGACUUCAUAAAACUUAGGGAAGUGCUGGGUGAGAUCCCAUGGACAGUAAUACUAAAAGGAAAGGGAGUUCAUGAUGGCUGGGAGUUUAUUAAGAGGGAGAUAGUAAAAGCACAACGUCAGGCAAUACCAAUGAGACGGAAACAUGGAAGGUGCCUAAAGAAGCCAGGGUGGCUAUCUAAAGAACUUUUAACUGAGUUAAGAUUAAAAAAGGAUGUGUACAAAAAAUGGAAAAGGGGGAAACCACCAAAGAGGAAUUCAAACAAAUAGCCAGCACGUGUAGACACAAAGUCAGAAAAGCUAAAGCACAGAAUGAACUCAGGCUUGCUAGAGAGGUUAAAAGCAACAAAAAAGGCUUUUAUGGGUAUGUUCGUAGCAAAAGGAAGAACAAAGAAACAGUGGGGUCAUUCAGCGGAGAAGAUGGUGAAAUGCAAACAGGGGACACAGAAAAGGCUGAACUCCUCAAUGCCUUCUUUGCCUCAGUCUUCUCCGAUAAAGAAAACAAUGCCCGACCUGAAGAAUUUGGAGCAAAUGAUUCAGCAAAGGAAACACAGCCCAGAAUAACUAAGGAGAUAGUACAAGAAUACUUGGCUAGUUUAGAUGUAUUCAAGUCUCCAGGGCCAGAUGAACUGCAUCCAAGAGUAUUAAAAGAACUGGCAGAUGUGAUCUCAGAACCACUGGCAGUCAUCUUUGAGAAUUCCUGGAGAACAGGCGAAGUCCCGGCAGACUGGAGGAGGGCAAAUGUUGUCCCUAUUUUCAAAAAGGGGAAAAGAGAGGACCCAAAUAAUUACCGCCCAGUCAGUCUGACAUCAAUACCAGGGAAGAUUCUGGAGCAGAUCAUUAAGCAAACAGUCUGUGAGCACCUAGAAAGGAAUGCUGUGAUCACCAAUAGUCAGCAUGGAUUUCUGAAAAAUAAGUCAUGUCAGACUAACCUGAUCUCGUUUUUUGACAGAAUUACAAGCCUGGUAGAUGAAGGGAACGCAGUGGAUGUAGCCUACCUUGAUUUCAGCAAGGCAUUUGACAAGGUGCCCCAUGAUAUUCUUGUAAAGAAGCUGGUAAAAUGCGGCCUUGACUAUGCUACCACUCAGUGGAUUUGUAACUGGCUGACUGACCAAACCCAAAGGGUGCUCAUCAAUGGUUCCUCUUCAUCCUGGAGAAGAGUGACUAGUGGGGUGCCACAGGGUUCUGUCUUGGGCCCGGUCUUAUUCAACAUCUUUAUCAACGACUUGGAUGAUGGACUCAAGGGCAUCCUGAUCAAAUUUGCAGAUGACACCAAACUGGGAGGGGUGGCUAACACCCCAGAGGACAGGAUCACACUUCAAAACGACCUUGACAGAUUAGAGAACUGGGCCAAAACAAACAAGAUGAAUUUUAACAGGGAGAAAUGUAAAGUAUUGCACUUGGGCAAAAAAAUGAGAGGCACAAAUACAAGAUGGGGACACCUGGCUUGAGAGCAGUACAUGUGAAAAGGAUCUAGGAGUCUUGGUUGACCACAAACUUGACAUGAGCCAACAGUGUGACGCGGCAGCUAAAAAAGCCAAUGCAAUUCUGGGCCUCAUCAAUAGGAGUAUAGCAUCUAGAUCAAGGGAAGUAAUAGUGCCACUGUAUUCUGCUCUGGUCAGACCUCACCUGGAGUACUGUGUCCAAUUCUGGGCACCACAGUUCAAGAAGGACACUGACAAACUGGAACGUGUCCAGAGGAGGGCAACCAAAAUGGUCAAAGGCCUGGAAACGAUGCCUUAUGAGGAACGGCUAAGGGAGCUGGGCAUGUUUAGCCUGGAGAAGAGGAGGUUAAGGGGUGAUAUGAUAGCCAUGUUCAAAUAUAUAAAAGGAUGUCACAUAGAGGAGGGAGAAAGGUUGUUUUCUGCUGCUCCAGAGAAGCGGACACGGAGCAAUGGAUCCAAACUACAAGAAAGAAGAUUCCACCUAAACUUUUUUUUUUUUUUAAUAAUUUUUAUUAAGGUUUUAAACAAACAAAAAAGAAAAACAACACACACAAAAAAAAAUACAAAACUUAACAAUAAAAACACAAAACAUAACAAUUAAAAACAAACUCUCUUUUCCAUUUCCAAUUUUAAAUUACUUAUUUUCUGGACUUCCUCAUACCUCCCUCUUUUGUAUUCCAAUCCACAUUAUUUGUCCAGCAGUUUCUUUUCCACUUUUUAAUCUCAAUCUUUAAUUUAAUAAAACGUUAAAAUAUAUAACUUCAACUUUUUAAACCUAAUCCUUGAUCCUAAUGUCAUAUAGCUUUAAAUUUUUCCCUUUUAUUAUCAAAUUUCCAUUUCUUUAAACAUCUUUAAUCUUGAUCUUUAAUCUUAAUCUAUCCUUAACUUUAACCUGUACAGCUGGAAACCACUUGUUUUCAGUCCAACAUCACUCUAACAUUCCUUAGUUUUGCAGUGUUUCUGAAGUUAGUCUUUGAAUUUCUUCCAGUCUUCCUCCAUCGACUCUUCUCCCUGGUCACGGAUUCUACCAGUCAUUUCCGCCAAUUCCAUAUAGUCCAUAAGUUUCAUCUGCCAUUCCUCCAGCGUGGGAAGUUCUUGUGUCUUCCAAUACUUUGCGAUGAGUAUUCUUGCUGCUGUUGUUGCAUACAUAAAGAAAGUUCUAUCCUUUUUAAACACCAUUUGGCCCACUAUGCCCAGGAGAAAGGCCUCUGGUUUCUUGGGGAAGGUAUACUUAAAUACCUUUUUUAAUUCAUUAUAUAUCAUUUCCCAGAAAGCCUUAAUCUUUGGGCACGUCCACCAAAGGUGAAAAAAUGUACCUUCAAUUUCUUUACAUUUCCAACAUUUGUUAUCGGGCAAGUGAUAGAUUUUCGCAAGCUUGACUGGGGUUAUGUACCACCUGUAUAUCAUUUUCAUAAUAUUCUCUCUUAAGAUUCCACCUAAACAUUAGGAAGAACUUCCUGACAGUAAGAGCUGUUCGACAGUGGAAUUUGCUGCCAAGGAGUGUGGUGGAGUCUCCUUCUUUGGAGGUCUUUAAGCAGAGGCUUGACAACCAUAUGUCAGGAGUGCUCUGAUGGUGUUUCCUGCUUGGCAGGGGGUUGGACUCGAUGGCCCUUGUGAUCUCUUCCAACUCUAUGAUUCUAUGAUUCUAGUAGCUUUUAUAAAUCUUCAGCCUGUUUUUUCUUUGAAUUGACUUUUAAAAAUACAUAGGGUGUACUGUUGGUCACCCCAGGGUUAAGCUACAUGACGGCAGAGUCAUCUGUUGAAAUGAAGGACUGCCACAAUUUACCAGGCAUGCAAGGGGUGGGGGUGGGGUUUGAACAGCAAAAAGGCCAUGCAGGUGAGGGGGUGAAUCCUCCCACCCCCUUGGGUAGUCUCCUCUCAGCUUCUUCCUAUCCUGGCGCUUUUCUCCACAGCUAGGCUCCAAUUUCAAAAAUGGCUGGGAGGGAAAACACUUGAGCAGAGCUAUAGCGAAGGAAGUGCUGAGCAGAAUGGGCUGGGUGUUUGCAGUCCUCACAUGGCUGUGCCUUUGGCGGCUAAAACUGGGCUACCAGCUCCUGGUUUGAUACAUACUUGCAGCAGCUCCAAGUUUCAGAUGCAUGGAUCUGCAACUUUAACAUGCACAUAACCCCCCCCCUGCAAUACACCUCCACCUACAACAGACAGACCCAAGAAAACCAGGCCCCCGGCACUUCAGAUGUGAGAAAGUAUGUCUGUUCUGCCUCCAUCCAUCUGUUAACAUUUUUCAUUUCUGUCCAGAACUUUUGAAUGAGAGUCCUAUAUUGAAUAUACUGUAAGUUUUAAUUUUAUCUGUUGAGUGUGUGUUUUCUUAUUAAAGAUAUUUGUAAAGCAUUCUGGGGGUUUUGUAUAAGGGGUGGUAAUGUAAGUUGGAUGGAUGGAUAUACACACUUCAUACUCUUUUGUACGUACGAAAGGAACUUACAGACAUACAAAAAUCUACACCCAAACAUUCUCUCCCAUGCAGAUAAUAGAGAUAAGAAAUGCACACUUGCUAAGAACCAGGCUGGGCACAUUCCCCCUCUUUCACACUACUAUUCUUCAUUCUCAGGCUGAUUUAAACCCAAUUGUAAACUGCCCUGUGCUCCUUUGAUGUAGGGCAGUACACAAAAUGAAAUGAAUUAAAAGUAAUUAAAAUAAAAUAAAAGUGGGUGGGUGGGUUGCCAGGUAUGGGGGCUUAACAAGAAAGUAAGCAGAGUCCCCCUGAGAUUGCUGAAUAAAUUGAAGCUGCCUUAAAGAUUUAAAAAGGAUGCCACUACUGCCUUUAAUUCAUACUAAGACAAGGGACCCUUGCAAUCCCAUGGGGCCUGCAAACUCUCAUAGCCGACAUGCGUGUGUCUGAUCAUGCAAAGAUGGUGCCCCUCAGCAGCAUUUCCCUGUGCCAGGGAUGAUCCUGUUAUGCAGGCAACCAGCAGGAGCCCAGCUAUGCUGACCACAAGUACUAUCCCUCACCCCAGGACAGAACCAGCUGUUAGUUUACAGCCUGUUGUUGUUGUUGUUGUUACCACCACUGUUGUUAUCUGUCUCUGUUCCCGAGUUUGAGUUUUCAACCUAUUAACAGUCUCCAUUUUCUAAUGCCUGCUAUUUGUGCUUCUCAAGAUCUUGUCAGAUACCAAGGAGCUCCAGAAGGAGAUCAAUGGCCUCACUGGGAAGGUAGACCGGACCUUUGCUGUCACUGAUGAGCUGGUUUUUAAGGUGAAGGCAAGGGAUCAGAUUCUGGGGGGUGGGGAGAUGGAGAGCAGCGCUUUGACUGACCUUCCAGUUGCUAACUUUUCCAUCCCUCCCUUCUGCAUUCUUUCUUUCUGCAGGAUGCCAAACGCGAUGAGGCUGUGAGGAAGGCAUAUAAAUAUUUGGCAGCACUGCACGAGGUAAGCCUCAGCAGUAAUAUAUUAAUUCAUAUAUAGAUAUAGAGCUGCAGUUAGAGCUACAUCCCUUUCCAGCUGACUCUGACUCUUCCUCUUCCUUAGAACUGCAGUCAACUGAUUCAGACUAUUGAGGACACAGGCACCAUCCUGAGGGAGAUCCGGGACUUAGAGGAGCAGGUGAGGCCUGCCAGAAAGUGGGUGGAAACAUUAAACAUUACUCUCUUGCAGUAAUCUGAACUUCUGUGUGGAGGAAAUUGUUUCAGAAAUUAGGAUACCAGGAAAUAUCUUUUAACAACUCCCUCUUUAGAAAUAAAAAUGCAGCUGCCAAACAUGGUCCCCUGUCCCUCUGUUCAAGCUUCCAGUCAUGCUUUCUCUCCUGCUUCCUUACCACCACCCCAUUCUGCCAUCUGUACACAUCAAAGUCCUUUUGAUUUUUUAAAAUUAAUUUUUAAACUUGGGGGUUCUGAUCUCACUCGCUCAGAAGUUGAGAUUUCAGUCUAGAAAGAGGGACAUUCCAUGCCUGCUCUGUCCAUAUCCUCCCGCCUGUUAUCUGCCGCUUCUGCUCUUUUGGAUGAGGCUGCCCCUUGAUUCUCAGCCCUCAUUAUGGACUCUGUCCGUUGUGAUUCUGUAGACUCACCAUGCACCUCAGAUAUUUUUUUUACUUCCAGAUUAACAAAAAAAGCAUGACUCUUGUUGUUGAGGUUGCAAGCAGGAAGUGUGGGUGCCUGAACAUACUUCCUGUGGACAGGAUGUGGGACCUCAGUGGCCUCCAAAUCUGUGUCUUUCUCCCCCUUUCCCAUGAUGAGUAGGAAUAGAAUUACGAUCCCAGGAGUUGAACCUGAGCCUUCCUGCAUCUUGCCAAUCACACCUGCCACUCGCACGAUGUUCCUUCCUAGAUUAAUGCUGCAGUCUUAUUCACAUGAUAUGCACGAGGUGUGGUAGGUGGGGGGUUGUUUUAAGCAUUACCAGAUUUAGCAGGCAAACUUGGUUCAGCACUCAAGCAGAAAUAAGUGGUUUGGGUUUUUUAAAGAUCCCCUUAACACUUGCUUUAUUUAUUUUAAAAUAUUUAUAGGCUUCCAUUCUGAAUGCAACUCUUACAUGGCUGCUUACAUAGCACAACUGGGAUACCAUCAUAAAACAAUAGUUCUCCCUGCUGAACACUGCUACCCAUUCAUAAAAUAAAAUGUCUCUUUUCCCAGAUUGAGAGUGAAACCAGCAAGAAAACCCUGAGCAAUUUGGAGAGGAUUCUCAGUGACUACCGGGCCAUGAAGCAGGAAAACACAGCACUGCUUAGCCGUACCCGAGAGACGUGAAGCCCCCUUCCCAGUGCACAGCUACAGGGGGCUGGUGGGGUACCUGACCUCUUUUUAAGUCAAGACUGCUGUGCCUCUAUCAAGGGACGGGGCACGGGGAGUAUGAGCAGGGCUCCUCCUUCCAGGCUCUGUCUGCAUUGUAAGUUGCCUAAAACCAAGCCAACGUGUGGCACAUUUUGAGGUGGAGGGUGGGAUUGGUCCCUAGUGCCAUUUUUCUGACAUAGAUUGUAUAUUGGAGAAGUAGAUGUGGGGAGUAAUUGUUUCCUCCAUUUAUUAUUUCCAAGCAAACCUCCUAUCAUCUCUUCUCAAAAACCAAUAAAAUCUCUCUCUUCUUUUUGCAGCGUACUUGUGCGGGCUGCGUGUGCAGUAACAUGGGGGGGGGGGUUUACAGGGGAGGCUUGCAUAGGCUGCCAUUUCCCCCCUCUUCUGGAUUUGAUCUUUUUGCAAUAUUGCUUUCUUGUCUGGAAGCAGGCUCAGUUGUGGGUUGUGUGUGAAUGCUGAGGAAAGCUGGUGGCUAUAAGAAGCCAGCUUGAUUCGGGGGGGGGGGGGGCAUGUGCACACACACACACACACACACACACACACUCGCUGCCAGGCCGCCUGCAGGGGGAAGUCUGCACUGUGAUCCUUCAGCACAUGGUCCCUAAGGAAACAAAAAGUGCGGAGAGGACUCCAGCCUGUGGUGGGUGCGCCUUUCUGUUCUUGGCUGGCCCAGUCUCUCUUGGGUUGCAGAAGACCCUGCUGCUGCUUCUUGGCUGUCCAGAUAUGGGUGUGAAUAAGUGGAGUAACGCUGGUUCCUUUUCUUCUGGUACUCAAACUCGUCCAGCGUCCACACGGCUCCUUUCACAUUCUCCACACGCACAAAGCACUUGUGCAAGCUCAGGUUGUGUCGAAUGGCAUUCUGUUGGUUGAGAAAAGAUGGGUAGGGUGCCCUGGCCAUUAGACCUGCCUUCUCCUUUACCCCGACUUAACUCUCGUCCCUCUGCCAAAGUCUCCCUCCCUCAGGUGCCCCUCAACCCUCUUAGCAGGAUCUUCAGCCCCUUAACCCUGCUCUAUGGCGUUCUAGAACUAAUAUUUUAUAAAGUACUUGCUAUAGAAAUGAAUAGAAAUGUAUUCAUCUGCAAUAAACACUGUGAUCCCAGGAAUAUACAGUAAAAUAAACAAGCCAUCUUAUACUGCCUCAGUUUGCCCCAAAUGCUAAGCUAUGUAUGCUGUGGCUUAGUGGGUGCUUCCCAAACUUUUUCCUCCCAUAGAGGGCUUGAGCUUUGCUUAGGGUCUUAAUUAUUUAUUUUCUGUUUUAACAAUGGUAAGGCAUUGUGUUUUUAUUGCUUCUUUUAUUAAGAACAUUUUUAUAUGGUAUUUAUUGUAGUGGUGCAGCAAUAAAACUGCUAGCACAUUUGCAAAGCUAAGCAAGGUCCAGUAUUGUUUAUAAUUGAAUGGGGGACCACAUUUUAAGAUUGCAGCAGGUUGGCGUAUAUGGCCCUUGGGGUCCCUUCCAACUCUAAAAUUCUAUGAUUGUAUGAUUCUAUGUAUUGCAAUUUAAAUUCUAUGGAAUUCAAAUUCAAACAGUAUAAGAAAUAAGAGAACCAAUGAAAUACAAUUAAAAAUCAUUAUGACUAUUUGAUGGAUAGGGGAGCCAUUUCCUGUCUUUAACAGCAAAUCUGCAGACAUGUCGUGGGCUACUUGAAUGAAACUCAGUCCAUGGGCCACACUUUGGGAACCCCUGGCUUAGUGUCAAUGUGCAAGUGUACUGAUGCACAGUAAGAAGACUGUAGCCACUUUUGUCCUCCUGCACUGCCAAGCCUUAGUUUGACAUAACAUUCUGUGUGACUUCAGUCUUGUGGCUUGUCUUGUGCCAAACCAACCAUGAGCAGUAAGCCAAGAACAAACCUUGUUUAAAGCACAUGAUUUGUUUGAAGAGAGACAAACAAUGAGCCUGGGUUUGCGUAUAAUGCUAAGUUAAACUAAGGCUUGGCUCCAGGUAGUGUUGCAGGAGCAAGAGAGAAGUGAAGAGGCUGCCAUUUUAUUACUGUGUACCAGCAAGCUUGCUCAUUAACACAAAAGCCAUAGCUUGGCUUAGCAUUAUGUGCAAACCAGGCUACUGAGUCAUAGUUCCAGCUAACCAAGAUCAGUCUACUUGAAGAUUUUCUACUGAGGGUACUUAGGACUAAGCCAUCAGCCUUCCCCAUGGUUUCUUGGGCAGUAGAGAAUCAAAUACCUUUAUUAUCUCUUGAGUGUUACAGGGUGGGGUGUGCUUCUGAGGCAAGGUUCUAAAACUCACCUCUUUCAGUCUGUUCAUUAUUAUUAUAAUACUUAUAAAGUGCUGUCCCACAUUUUUCACCAUUCAUUUCUGUCCUGGUUCCCUAGUCUGGAGAAAUUGUGUUUCCAAUUCUGCAAAGUGUACACAUCAAAGUCCUUUUGAUUUUUAAAAAUUAAUUUUUAAACUUGGGGGUUCUGAUCUCACUUGCUCAGUAGUUGAGAUUUCAAUCUAAAAAGAGGGACAUUUCAUGCCUGCUCUGUCCAUAUCCUCCCGCCUGUUAUCUGCCUCUUCUGCUCUUUCAGACGAGGCUUCCCCUUGAUUCUCAGUUUAAGAAUGGGAUCCCCUUACCUUCCAGGUGGUUACAUUGUGCCUGAAGUAGCCAAAGUUGUUAAACCAGCGAUAAAUCUCACUCAGGCUGAGCUGCUUCUUAGGAGAUUGUAAGAUGGCCUGCAAGUAAUAGGCAGGUAUGGUUAACAGCCUGGUUUUGAGGCAAAGGUAUCUCAGCGUCUUCUUGAAAAGCAACAAAAGGGCCUUCUGUGCUCCCAGUAUUGUUGUGCUAAAUUGGAUGCAUGUGGAAGGUGAUGGGAGGGAGGGAGGUUCAGUGUGCCUGGCACAGGGCUCACCUAUGUACCCACAACUAUGUCCUAUGGUGGCUGUAAAAGGCCUCAGUAAAUAACACCUCAAAAAUCCACAAUGCAGAAAGGACUGUUUGUUCUUCCUGCUCAGUUCCUGGCUGCACUGUCUUCUGAACAAAGGAGAGGUGAAAAGAGCAUCCCUCACUCUCUGAGCAAGUAUGAUGGUGACUGAUGCAGAUGCCCACACCCUUUUCUGCUCUUUGAGAUGUGGCAGCCACUUUGGGUUAUGCCAGGUGUGCAUUGCAGCCAUGUGAUGCAUGCUCAGAAUUCUAAAGAUGCUCACUAGCCCAAGAAAGAUGGCAACCCCUGCUUUUUGAGAGCCCAUGCGAGCAUUGUACAGUAAGUUAUGGAGCCUGAAUCAAAGGGUAGGCUGAAAUGUUUUGUUUUCUCUGACAGCUGCCAUGCACAUCGCUGGAAGUGGGCCCCAGUGGGUACUAGGCUCAACUCAACACUUGUAUGUUGUUGGAGAGCUGUGGCCAAGCAUUCUAUGUGUGACAUAUGCCUGUCAUUGUACCUCUUAAAGUACUGAUGCCUAAAAUAGCUGCUUGAGUUGCUAACAGCUAGGUCUAGCCCUGCACAAUCCCCCACUUGCCACUAAUUACACUUCCAUGUGAAGUAUGUGAUCAGAUGAAUGGGCUUUUUAAAAACCCAAACCGAAAGACCCUUUAGAUGCCCUUCAGUCCUCACUGGCUUAGUGAUCCAGGUAGAACUUUUUCUGUCAAUGCAGAUAGAGGUGACCUGAAGUCCUCCAGGGGUUGAUGGACUCCAACUCUCACCAACCUCAGACAGCAUAGCCAGUAGGCAGGAAUGAUGGGAAUUAAGCUUGUGACUCAUGUCAGGCUUGUGCCCACCAAGACCCAUAGGUUCUUUUCACAUGGGAUGAUCUGGAGGGCCAGAUUCCCCAUCCCAUUCUUUAGGGGUGUGUUGCAACCACACAGUGAACUUUUCAGAAAGUUGUUGGCUACAGGAAACAGACACAAGUGGAAGGCAACUUAGUACAGAGAAGGAAGAGGUUUGUGGGCAAAGGAUAGUGCUGCUGAAGCCAGGAAGUAGAGAAGGGAGGCAAUAGCAUAUAGGGGCAACAAGAAUGGUGCCUAUUGCAAGGACAUUCAAUCAGGAAAACAACAUUCAUAUUUUGGGGUUUUGAUCUGGUAAAAAGCUGCAUAGCAUUUAAAAAAUAUAGUUGUAUCCUAUAUGUAUGGGAUUUCGUAUUUACCUUUUGCUAAAUAACUUACCCAACGAAUAAGGGCAGCGUACGUGAAAGGUGGGCGGUUGAGAGUGUGACGGUAAUAUUCUAUGCUGGGGCUUCUCUCUGUAGACAGAAAUGAGGCUGGAGGUGUUAGUAGGAGCAAUUCUUUGCUGGAGAUUUCUGGUUCCAAAUCAUCUUCUGCUUGAGAGCCCAGUCAGCCAAGACACUCUUUCCUAAAUGGCAGACUUCAAACCUGUGUGAGAUCCCGUAACUCUACAGCAGUCAAGACUGACUGUGGCGACUUGUGGGAAAGGGCACUCUGCUCAUGCUCAGGGACAUUGCUUUGUAUCAAGCCUUCAGAUGCAGCAUCUAAAUGGCAGGAGGCUCAGAUUUUAGGAUGCUUACUCACUUCUAACUGUCAAACUGAGGCAGCAUGACAACAAGCCAGCCUCAAAUCAGCUUCAAAAUGGAAUGGGUGCCAUAUUACCCCUUUGUUGCUCUUGUCCUCUUGUUCAAGGAGGACCGUAGAACACAGAUGAUUCCAUUCUGACUGUCCAGGACAUCCAUGAAUCGAGCUUAGCAUUGUCAAGGUCUCUAUAUGAUGUUACCAGGGACUGAUAAUAUGGGCAUGCCCUUUAAUAGGAAUACACAUUACUAGUCCACAGAGCGCUCCAAGAACCCCAAGCAGAGGUGAGAUGGUAUGCUAACUGACUCACCUGAAUGGCUAAGAGUAAAACAUGGUGUGAAAUUCAGUGCAUGGACUCUGAUGUUUCCACUGUGUGUGGCUAGAAUUACUCCUGAACUGUUCCCCUUUCCUUUCUCAGAAACUGGCAUUGUUUUCAAUCACUGCAACCCUGUUGUGGCUCCGACAACCCUCCCCACACCCUAAACAGACAACAGAAUUUUAUAUUUCAUGCCCACUCCUGAAAUCUAAUGGCUGGAAUGUGCCAUCCAUUUCUAGAGCUUAGUGAAGGGGAUGGAACCUGGCCUCCAUUCUCCACCAACACUUCUCACCUGAACAGAGGUGGGCUCCAUGGCUGUUAGAGUGGCAUUCCAAACCCUCAAACUCAUUCCUUGGCCCUUCAGACUGGCAUGAAAUGAUUGGCACUGGUGCAUCUGGAUGCUGCGAAAGGAAGGCAGGUGCCAACUCUGCGCGCAUUACUAACAGUUUCUGCUUCUCUUGUGCCAGCUAGAUCAUGGGGGAAGGUGGAGAAGAAAGCACAAUCAGUUUCUAGAUGCACCACGCAUGUCUCCUCCUGCUUAGUCAUAGCCUAGGUUAUCAAUCGGAUGUAAGUUCCUCUGAACAAGGGACAGAGUGCAAAGGGUCUGGAAAAUCUUUUCAUUGUUUUUUAAAGAGCAAGUUUUGUCUUUGUUGUUGUUUCAGAAAGCAGCAGUGGCCAUGCCUGCUGAAAACUCUCUGAUUCAGCAAACUGAGCUUUUGCUUCCUCAGAAGACUUCAUUGUUCUCUCCCCAACCUGCGGUUGUCUACUAUUCACUUGCCAUUUCUUUUUUUAAAAAAGAAUCUUGCUUUCCUCUUGCUCCUUUUUCACCUAAAUGCAAUCUCCACACACCAGCUCUGGAAAAACUCAUGGCUUUGGGAAAAUAAUGCUAACUAGUGGGACCCACAACAAAAUAGUGGGAUGCUGCUGUUCAGGUUCCCAGCCAUUCCAUUCUAUUCCACUCCCCUCCCUCUUCACCCCACCAUACCUACUGAGCAUGUGCUCAGCCCAAACUGGGUCAUUUGAGAGGUUCCCCCACAAGAUGUUAAGAUUUACUGUACGUACUUCCCAAAUCUUGCUCCCUCUUGUGUGUGAGUGUUGCCAUUUUGGCUACAUAAGAUGCUAUACUUGGAGGACCAUACGCCUAGCAAGCUCUCUGUUCUGCAGGCUUCCUUCACAGUGACUGUGUCAGCGUCCACCCCCCUCCCUCAUCCCACCACCUGCCAACUUUGUCCAUACCUGCAGAGCUAAUUUGUUCACCAAUUCUUCUUGCACCAGCCACUCUCUGCGCAUUCUGCACAUGACUCUGCAAGAGAAAACAAGUCCGAGACAUUCAGCCACUAGGUUCAGCUGUCUUGCUUUCUCCCAGGGACAAUGCCAAGGAGCUGCUCGCAAUCUCAGGCCCAUCCUACAAAAAUCCUGGUUUUGUGUUUUGUUGUGUUGGGGUAACAGGAAAGCAUAUCAGAAGGAAGCAGGCCUCUCAAACAUAACUGUCCUUUAUUGCUAUGUAACAAGAAUGCAAAAUGAAACUAACUGGAGCUUUGCAGAAUGCAAACUACAGGAGUUCAACAGGUCCAAAAAGUACUACAUCGAAGCAUAACGCCCCUUGGCCUACCCAAGACCCCUCUCCCCUUAGCAAACAAAAUAUUUUAACCAACCUAGAGGUGCCUGUUUGCAGUGUGGUCUCUGUAUUUUGCUGAUGGGACUCUGAUUUGGCAGCUGCUGUGGGCAGAGGGGGUUCUCUUACUUCCAUCACUUAGUGGCUCUAGUAACGCCACAGGAGGUGUGGCAGGGGCAUCCACUUUUGCCCACGACCCUGAGAUUAGGAGUCUCAUGCUCUACCAACUGAGCUAUCCUGUUUUAUUUCAGCGUAUUAUAAAAAUAUAUUUUGUAAUGGGUAUGAUUUUUUGUAUACAUUUGAAUAAUAUAUUUAAUAAAGCAAACUGCAAUGGG